CCUGAUGGGCAGCCCACCCUGUUACCUCCGGACCAAGUACAUCUGUUGAAUAUGCGCUCCACGGGCAUGUUGAACAGCAUACAGAGUUUCUUCUCCCACCACAUGUUAGAAACGUUCGGCUGUGACUAGUCAACCGGCGAGGUGACUCAGGAAGCCCUACAGGUGAAGCUCAAGGUCUUUUUGGAGCUCCACACGGCCGAUGGGCCUCACCACAACACCUACGUAGUGUUCUACAGUGGGCAUACCCACCGCAGCGGGGAGUGGGCACUGGCAGGUACAAAUCACUGAGAAGUUUAAUCAUUCCAGUAUCCCUGCAUAUUGUAAAUAUGGUAUUGGAACUGCCCCUUACUUGUGUUCUUCUUACUUCGUAUUUUUAUUUAUUGUGUUGAUAUUGAUUACUGCAUUGUUGGGUUUAGAGCUUGCAAGAAAGGCAUUUCAUUGUACUUGUGCACGUGACAUUUUAACUCAAAACUGUCAUUCUAUGAAGCUUAGUUACUUUAACUCUCUGAAAACGCUCUCAAAAAGGAGGUGAGGACAGUGGAGGGGCUAUGCAUGGCCGCCCAGGGGGCCCCAGAUAGCCCGCGCCACGGAUGUCGAGCUCCAGGACGCCCCCAGCUCGGAGACUUCACCUCGCAGUGGGCAGAGUAUAACUGCAACUCGGACAGCGCCGUCCAGUUGUCGGAGAGAGGAAGGACGGUCACCGCCAUCUAUGGCAUCUCCAAGCACUGGAUCGACUACACGCUGCACCUGCCCACAGGAAGUGACAUCACGAAACACUGGAGGAUGUACUUCCCCAGGAUGACCUACCCCGUGCCCCAGUUGGUGUCCUGGUUCUGUGGGCUGAAUCUGCUCUGUCUCUGCAGCAUCUGUCUA